AUGACUCUCAUCCGCGUCUUUACGGCGCUCUUUGCCCUGCUGGCCUCCACUGUCGUUGCUGUCACGCCCAUCGAAGUCGAGGGUUCGCAGUUUGUCAACUCCAAAUCGAACAAGCGCUUCCAGAUCAUCGGGGUCGAUUACCAGCCAGGCGGGUCCGCUGGUUACGACGAGGAGAGCGGAGAAGAUCCCCUCACUGAUGCCGAUAUCUGCUUGCGUGAUGCUGCUCUCCUCCAACGGUUGGGUGCCAACACUAUUCGUAUCUACAACCUCAACCCCAAAUCCAACCAUGAUCUUUGCGUCUCCAUCUUCAAUGCUGCCGGUAUCUACUUGAUCCUCGAUGUCAACUCGCCCAUUGCCCACCAGAGCUUGAACCGCGCCGAUCCCAGAUCCACCUACCACAAGGGAUACAUGGAACGUGUCUUUGGUAUCAUCGAGGCUUUCAAGGACUAUCCAAACACUCUAGCUUUCUUCGGCGGGAAUGAAGUCAUCAACGAAGAAGCCGUGAAGGAGGUUCCUGCCUACAUUCGGGCCGUCCAACGUGAUAUGAAACAGUACAUUGCCAACCAUUCUCCUCGUCAAAUCCCCGUUGGCUACUCUGCCGCCGAUAUUCGCGAGAUUUUAGAGGACACCUGGGCUUACAUGGCCUGUGAGAUCGAAGACUCACCUGAAUCCCGCUCCGACUUCUUCGGCCUCAACUCCUAUUCCUGGUGCGGCAACGCUACGUACACCAGCAGUGGCUAUGACAAGCUCGUCGAAAGGUUCUCUGAGACUUCCCUCCCCGUUUUCUUCUCCGAGUAUGGCUGCAACGAAGUCCGUCCCCGCAUUUUCACCGAGGUCGGCGCUCUCUACGGACCGGAAAUGACCAAGGCUUUGGGCGGUGGUCUAGUUUAUGAAUACUCCCAGGAGAAGAACAACUACGGCCUCGUUGAGUUGAACGACAACAAGACCGCUACCCUCCGCGUCGACUACGGCAACCUGAUGGAACAAUACAGCCAAAUCGACAUCCCUCUCCUCGAAUCCCUCGACCCGGCCGCCACUAGCGCCAAGCCCCCCAAGUGCUCCUCCGGUCUCAUCAAGGACACCAAAUACUUCGAGGACGACUUCAAAAUCCCAGAGGCACCUGAGAGCGUCCCUGAGAUGAUUAAGAACGGCAUCCGCAAUCCGACUAAGGGCAAGCUUGUCGAGGUCACAGACACCAAGCCGAAAUAUGAGGUCUAUGACAAGGAAGGCCGUGUGCUGGACGGUCUAGAGAUUAAGAAGCUCGAAGAUUUUCAGUCCAACCUUCCCGGUGAGAAUACCUCUGGUGUGCCCGGUGCCUCGACAAAUAACAAGAAGGCUGCUGCCAACACCGUGUCCAGCUCUAAUGCUCUCUCCCUCGCCGCUGUUCUGGCUGGGUUGACUCUGCUGAUGGUGUAG